AUGUUCACUGCGCCUAAGCUCCGGUUGACUGUCCUGGUCUAUCCCCGGGAGCAGGCCAGUCUCUCGGGGCCCGUCCUCCAUGAUAAUCAGAACCAAUCACAACCUGUCAAACCGCGUCAGCUCCUCCUGAUUAUCAAGGAUCCCGAAAAGGUGUCUCUUGGAGACCUGGCAAAUCAGAUUAAAGAUCAAUGGCGGGAGCUAUGGCCAUCUGAGGAGCCACUACAAAUCAAGAGACUGCUCGACAACGCAUAUCCCGAUGCCGUAUUUAGCGUCCACUGCUCCGUUGCGGAUAUCUGGGUGGACAAUGGCCGCUGCGAGAGAGAGGGCUUCGAUCAGCGCGGUACCGUCCGUGUGAUUCAAAUUCCCGUUUCGUCUACCCCCUCUCUUUCACACAGAUACCAGCGAGAAGGAUCUGUUUUCCAAGACGUUGAAGGUGCGGCGCGCGAGGCAAAGCGCAAGUUUCUUGACGCCGCCAUCAGUGCAAAUGACUCGCUGGUCGGAGCGAGGGAAACAACCAUUAGAACCCCAUCCCGAGAGGAAGAACAACCAGACCCGCGGAAACGUCAAUCUAAGAGACUCAGGCCGAGCGAACGGACCGAUCCCCCGUCUCCUAGUCCUGCUGGAAUACCGCGUGAGACGGUCUCCUCCCCGCUGUUUUAUCAUAACAGACGGGUUCCGAGCUUCGCACAGCCACAUGGCCACCGAGGUCAUCUCCCCAACCAUUCGAAUAGCUCUCCUAAGAAGGGACUCGGGUUGGGUAUCACGGCUAGUCCUCUCAGGGCUACGACUUCUAAUUCUCAAGUCAUAGCUGAUGGGAUGCCCGGUCCAAGUUCUAUGCCUCCACCACCACGCCCGCGUUACUCGCUGCGGCCGCCGACCAAUUCAUCUCCGCUGGAGUCUAGCUCACAGGACAAUUCUCCUUUGGGUAAUAUGAAGCAGGCAGAAUCUAAUGCCAGUUCAGUCCCUUGGGGGGCUACACGCUACAGCGGCCCCCGGACUAGGGCAAGUCUGAAAACUCCAGGGUCUGGUCAGCGAUCACAUCAUCCCAGGUCUUUGAGUGUCUCUAAGGGCGCCUUAACUCCCUACAUUACCCCAGACUAUGUGGAGAGGGACAGAAAAGAGCUCGAGGAGGCCAGGAUGUUGCUCAGAUCAUCCGGGACAAACCCGGAGUGUUUUCCACUUCUUGACGAGAUAUGUCAUCUCCAUGAAGAGAAAUUAGAAAUCAAAGCAAACUCCUACACCGAUGCACACGAGCGAGUACGACUUCUAGGUAUGAACCGCAGAAAACUUGGUCGACGGCGUGAGAAGCUUGAGAAGCUCAAGAGGAGCGGGGAGUUGUAUAAGGAGAGUGAUGCGGACACUAACACGGGUGAGGGCCCCACAAACGAGGGUGUCCACAGAGACCGUGAUGAGAGCAGCGAGAAAGAAUCGCUCAAGGGGAGACCGAAACGUCGCAGGAUCGAGCGGCGGGAUCGAGCGGCGGAAUCUGGUAUUGCCCAGAGGAUUUUAUCUCUUCGUGCCCACACGCAACGCCGUAAAGACAGACUAUCAGACGUCCAGGGUAUCCAAGUUGUGAUAAAGGACCUUGCAAGCAACAAGACUUCGCUAAACAAGAGUCCCGGUGCAAGUGACUCCCAGUUGAAUGGUGCUCGUUCUGGGGAUGCUGAACCGGAAGAGCGUCCGGCACUAGACGAGAAUCAGGACGAUGACGACGACGAUAGCCCAACGGAUAGUGAUGGCGGUGAUGUGGAGUUCGAGGAUGAGGGUCUCGAAGCUUCGCAGAAUUCUCCCUUCCGCAAUCAUACUGCUUCCCAAGGAGCUUCACCGCGAAGGACACCUACCCUUGGUCAUGGGCCUGCUGAAGAGACAAAUGGUGCCAGUGGGGUUGAUUCUAAUCCAAAAAACAAAUCUCUUGAACCACGUGAAACAAUGUUACGUGUGUCUAGUGUCGAGGAAGUCCCUAGACGGCAACGCUCAGUCUUUCCUACUCUACAAAUGCUUCUCAAGCAGAAGGUGUUGGCCAAGCUUUCCUCGUCCCCAAAGAAUCGGCCGAGGAACGAAGAGCCCUGCGAGUCUUCGGAUGAGGAGACUUCCGAGGGCGAUAGCCCGGGAGUCGUGGUUGGUGACAGAGUGUGAGGUGAUGGCAUUUCACGCACUCUCCACAUGGAGACCGGUAGAGCUGUGUGAGUUCCAAUGUCUCCUGUCUCCUGCAGCUGGAUGCGAUAAGUUGGAGACUUGAUAUGUUUCGAUUGUCUCGCUACGCUCUGUCUUACAACCCUUUAUCCGUGUUUCAGCCAAUACUCUGCAGUACCAUGCAAGGGGAGUCUUUGUUUUAAUUCUCGCAAGCUAGCCGAAUGAGAACCCCAUUAACAGCUUCAGGGUACCGUAUUUCCACUCUGAUCGACCUUCUCUGUAGAACCCUCUUCGAUCCAUUCCUUGGGAGGAGCCGUCACUUCGUAGUUCCAGCCCAUUGAAUCCUCAAUUGAUCCAGACUGAAUUCCCCGAAGAGUCUGUAGAAGCUUGACACAGACCUCGCCGCCCUGGGCCUGGGCUCCACAGCGAUACUCAAACUUGUCACCCUUGGAUCGCAUCGUGAUACUCCGAACGGGGACAAGUGCAGCUGCCGUUCCUGCGGCUACCACUUCAUCGAAUUGGUUCAAUUCCUCGUAGGCAACCCGCCGUUUCUCGACUUUGUAACCCAGAUAGCGGGCGAUAUCACCGACUGAGGAUGCCGUCACUGAAUCAAUAGCGUUGCGACUAUCGGGCAGCACGACGGUAAUAUUAUCCCCAUCUCGCUUCACACCGAUAAAGGCAGAGGUGGAGAACUCGUCAAUCUCACUUCGCGUCGCACUAUCCAGAUGCAAGGUAAUUCCGAACCCAUCUUGACGCGCUCGAUCACUGUGUCGCAAGACGGGGGCAUAGUUCCCUCCGACCUUGGCAUUCCCCGUUCCAAAGGGCGCCGAACGAUCAAAGUCUUCCAAAAUCAACGCAUCCACAGCACUAGCGCCAUGAUACACACCCGUCGGCAUCACAAAAACAGCCAACGUAUAUCCAUCUGGGGGACUCAAUCCCAACUGCGCGGACGACCCGAACAACAACGGCCGAACAUACAUCGCUGCCCCGGAUUCAAACGGAGGCACAAACUCUGCAUUCGCGCCGACGGCCAAUCGCACACAAUCAAGGAAUAACUCCUCCGGAACGGGCGGGAUCGAGACGACCUCGGCGGAUUUCUGCAUGCGCUUCGCGUUUCGAUCCGGUCGGAAAACGGUGAUUUUACUAUUCUCGGCGUGCCGGAACGCUUUGAGGCCCUCGUAGACUUGUUGGCCGUAGUUUAGACCCGGUGCCAUGCCGUGAAUGGAGAGGUAGGGAGAGUGCACAAAGCGAGGGGCCGACCAUUGGCCGUUGCCCGAUUGCGAGUAGUGGCAUUCGACAUGGCCAUUGA